ACUCAAGAACAAAUUGUUUUCCAUCUUUUCUUCUUGUGAUUGACAAUGGUUCGCAAGAAGCUCAUUGUGAAGAAAAUUGAGAAUCCUAGCUCGCUUCAAGUAACAUAUUGUAAGCGUAAGGAUGGAAUUAUUAAGAAGGCUUCUGAAUUAGCAGUUUUAUGUGAUACAGAUGUUGGUCUUGUGAUGUUCUCUCCUACUGGUCGAUUGACUAGCUUUGCAAGCAAUGGAAGGAUUGAGGAUAUCUUUCUUCGUUAUAUUGACCGGCCUAAUGAACUACGAGGAGGGCCUAUUGAGAAUGAAGAGCGUUUAUAUCGAAGCCUCAAGAAUUCGAAGUAUGAAGGAGAAAUCCUGGAACAGAUAGCAAAACUUAAGACUCUUGGAGAAGAACUCCAUGAUCUCAAUCAGCUAGAAGAUGAAAUGCAGCAAAAAAUGAGGUCCUACAAUCCAGAUACAGAGAAGAUCACCUCGAUUUAUGAUGCUCUAGUGCACCAGAAGUUUCUUACUAAUGCUAUUCAACGUAUUGAAGAGAUGAAAGCAAAGCUGCUUGGUAAACAAAUUGUUCCACUGGAACCUGACAGCAUUGAAGUAGGAAAGGAAAAGGAAAGUCAAUCAAGUGAAGUACCUGUUCUUGAUAUAAAGGAUUCAAAUUUUAUGGCUGAAGAGUCUGUAGAUCCUAAUGGAAGGAGGUAUUGA